CCCGCUGCAGGCGAUCGUGGCCGGCCGACACCCCAACCAGCAGCCCACGGCCAUCGUAGUGCAGCCCGGAGCCAGCCCAGGCGUCGCCACGGUGCUGCUCAAGGACGCGCGCGCCCAGCGCGAGGAGAACAUGAAGCAGCUGCUCGACGUCGCCAACAACCUCACGCUGCAGGAGCUGCACGACUUCGAGAUGAGGUACGGGUCGCCGCACCACAGCCGGUCGCAGAGCGUGAAGGCGGCGGGCAGCAGCCGGCCCACGUACCUGAGCCUGCCGCAGCAGCGGUCGCGCGUCGCCUCGAUGCCCAACACGGGCGUCGAGGAGGAGUACUACCGCCUGCGCCACUUCAGCAUCACCGGCAAGGGCGUCGUCAACCGCGGCGACUCGCUCAAGAGCCGCCGCUCGCGCUCCAACAACAGCGUCACCUCCAGCAACUCCAGCCACAGCACGGAGCACCUGACGGCGCAGCACUGCGGCUCGGCGCGCACCAGCGCCACGGCGUCGCUGGCGUCGAGCCGCGAGUCGAGCGCGGCGUCGCCUCCCGCCCCCCUGCGCGUCGUCAUGCUGGGCGCCGCCGGCGUCGGCAAGUCGUCGCUCGUGUCGCAGUUCAUGACCUCCGAGUACCUGCACGCCUACGACACCUCGCUCGAUGAUGAGUACGGAGAGAAGUCCGUCAGUGUGCUACUGGACGGCGAGGAGUCGGAACUGACGUUCAUCGACCACCCCUGCUCUGAAAUGUCGCCGGAGAACUGCGUCACGACGUACGACCCGCACGCGUUCUGCGUCGUCUACUCGACGGCGGAUCGCGGAAGCCUCCGGGUGGCUGAGGAAGUGCUGCAGUGCCUCUGGAAGAGCGACUCCAUCAGCACCAAGGCUGUCAUCCUGGUCGCCAACAAGACGGACCUCGUGCGCAGCAGGACCGUCACCACCGACGAGGGGAAGAGCAUGGCGACAUCGUACGACUGCAAGUUCAUCGAGACGUCGGUGGCCAUCAACCACAACGUGGACGAGCUGCUCGUGGGACUUCUGACGCAGAUCCGGCUGAAGCGCGAAAACCCGGAGCGCGCCAGGGACCUCCUGCGCAAGAGGUCGAGCCGGAGGAGUCCGGCAGGCGGCAGCACCGGCGGCGGCGGAGCGGUGUCUUGCGGUACUAACAAGCCCUACCGCGGCGCGCGCACCUCCACCUCGCUCAAGGUGAAAGGCCUGCUGGGCCGCGUGUGGGCGAGGGACUCCAAGAGCAAGAGCUGCGAGAACUUGCACGUGCUCUGAGCGCCCACCGCGCCACCUCCUCACGUAAAAGACAACAGUGCAACACGCCGACAAGCUACGCUCUGAUUAAAACUACUUGUUAUUUGACCUCGAUCACUUGACACUACAACGCAGCGCUGCUUCUCGACUCAAAGGACAGAG